UUGUCUUCAGGUCAUGCCUCACCUCUUUUCAAAGCAAUGGCACAAGAGUGCAAGGUCCAUUACUGCCUGUAAUGGACGCCAAGACGUCGCACGUAAAGUAUAGGAUUUGCUAUAUUGAAAGACAUUGCUUGGGACGGCCCCACUGCAGGAUGCCGAGCAUGGAUUACAGUUUUACUUGCAGUAAUACAAGCAUCUAAGCGAAAUGGGCCGAACAGCAAAUCGCAAUGCUAUUUUUAAACGAUUGCAUGAAAGCACACCCCGAGGGACGAAAGAGGUGGGGGCGUCCUCGGUUCGGCUCCAAUAGUGCGUGUUGGCGUGCAUGCAAGACAAUAUUUUGUCGUUUUUUUUGUUUAAAAACACUAUUUGUUUAGUUUAGCCAUAUUAUUGACAAGAAGCCCCGUCCAUGGACAUGGAUGCACCUCUCCUCCGGGAGCAGCCAAGUGGAAGCAGCGAGCGCGUCUGUCGGGACGCACGGAGCACACACUUGCUUCAAAUAGGUGUGGGAUCCUCCAUCCUUCUGUCUGCCCUGCUUGUUCACCAGCUUCUUCUCGCUACACUUAUUCUUCCAAGGUGGGACUGAUGGACGCGUGGCUCUUUUUACAAGCACCGUAGCAGCCCAAACAUUUUUGGGUUGACAAAAAGCCUUCCUAAGGAGAAAAUCAUCUGCAAGCAUGUCCGGAGGACUUUUGUCUAUCUACAUAGGCAUGGAGGUGACGAUCGCGUUGGCGUCUGUCAUCGGCAAUGUGAUGGUGGUGUGGGCGGUGAAAAUCGAUAAAUCUCUGCGGGACACCACCUUCUGUUUCAUCGUCUCCUUGGCUUUCGCCGACAUCGCGGUGGGAGCGCUGGUCAUCCCUCUGGCCAUCACUAUUAGCAUCGGACUCCAAACUCACUUCUACAGCUGCUUGCUGGUGGCCUGCACGGUGCUGGUGCUCACCCAAAGUUCCAUUCUGGCGCUGCUGGCCAUCGCCAUUGACCGCUAUCUGAGAGUGAAGAUCCCCACCAGGUACAAGCGUGUGGUAACACCUCGGCGAGCGGGGAUGGUGGUGGUGGUGUGCUGGACAGUGGCUUUUGUUGUGGGCCUCACCCCCAUGUUGGGAUGGAACAACCUGAGGCGUCUCCAAAGGAACGGCUCCAUCAGCUCUGACCUUGUCAUCACUUGCCAGUUUGAGAAUGUUAUCAGCAUGGGCUAUAUGGUUUAUUUUAACUUUUUUGGCUGGGUGCUGCCGCCUCUCUUGCUCAUGCUGGUCAUUUACGCGGAGAUCUUCUACGUGAUCCACAAACAGCUCAAUAGAAAAAAGUUCACAGACGGCCACAGGGACCCCAACAAGUACUACGACAAGGAGCUUAAUCUUGCUAAAUCAUUGGCUCUGGUCCUUUUCCUCUUUGCCAUCAGCUGGCUCCCCCUGCACAUAAUCAACUGCAUCACGCUCUUUUGCUCCGAGUGCGAGAAGCCCAUUAUCCUCAUUUACAUUGCCAUCCUGCUCACCCACGGCAACUCUGCCGUCAACCCGAUUAUUUAUGCCUUUCGCAUCAAAAAAUUCCGCACAGCCUUCUGCAAAAUCUGGCAGCAUUAUUUUUGCUGUAAGGACACCGCUGCUCUGGAGAGCCAGCCGAGUGGCAGGAAGGGGAUACCAAAUCCAGAACCACAGAGGGGCACACCUGCGCAGCUCCCUUGGAAGGGGAACAAGACAGCUGAAACCCAACAGCUCUCACCUCAAGCUGCGGAGUCCCUGGACCAGGGACCGAAACCCUGCAAAUGAACACCCACACUUUUUGGAGCAGAAUGCAAUAACAAGCAAGAAGCUGAAAGCUCUCUGGGGAUUACAGCACAAGUACUCAUCUUUUUGCGCUCUUCUCAUUGUGAUUGUACAGUAGAUCCCCACUUUUGGUGGGGUUUUGUUCAUAGCCUGAUUGCGAAAGCGAAAUAUCUGUAAGUCAUUGCUACACCCAUAAAAUCUAUAUUUUUGACACAAGGCUCGCUCCAAACUCUCCUGCUAGCUUGAUAUUUACGUUCUCCUCCAUUCCAUUCCAUUCCAUUCCAUCCUUAUACAGGUCCAGGUUGCGGGGGCAGCAGUCUCAGUAGGGAAACCAGGCUUCCCGGUCCCGGCCCCCUCCUCCAGCUCUACCGGGUGCACACCAAGGCGUUCGCAUUACUGCAGACGCUGCGCCGAUUCGCCUAUUGACGUCACGCUCCCACCUUCCCUCACUUGUGAACAAGGCACAGAGAUACUUGAUCUCCUCCACCUGGGGCAGGGCCUCAUUCACAACCCGGAGGGAGCAUUCCACCCUUUUCUGACUGAGAACCAUGGCUUCUGAUUUGGAGGUGCUGGUUUUGGAUUUGGAGGUCUCAUCCCAGAAGCUUCACACCGUCCAAAACUGUCCCAGUAUAUGCUGAAGGUCACACACAGCCCAAAGAGGCCAUCAGGACAACAUUGUAUGCAAAUAGCAGAGAUGGGAUCCUAAGGCCCACGAACCGGACUCCCUCGACGCCUUGGCUGCGCCUAAAAAUCAGACAACAUCAACAGGAGAUCAUUCACCUUUACUCAGGAAGAGCCUGUAAUACAGGAAAUCUGCACUGGAAUGAACUUGCAAUAAUUUACAAUAAUUUAGAACAGUGAGUGAGAGCUGUAAGAUUUAGUUUAGUUCAUUUAGGUUCAUUUAUUUCCCCUUCCCUCUCCCUUAUCUUCCCUGCUUUGCUUCUGUCUUGUUUUUGUCCUGAGUCAUGCAAUGCUCUCCUCUCUGCAAUGCUCUUUAAAUCUAAAUCAUGGAAUUGAUCGACUGGUCUCUCCGCGCAACUGACAAGAUCUUCUGGACGAGAAGCUCGGGUUCGGGGGAACCUGACAUCUGUCAUGACGGAAUGGUCACUGAUGGGUACAUGAUGGACAGUUGGGGGAAGCGGAAGGUCAUGUGUCUGGCAAGUCGCCGAUGUCUACCUAUACGGAACCAUGAUAACAGGUGUGGGCCCAAAAAAAUGCAUAAUCUGACCUCACUUUAAUUGAAAAACCUUGGUCUAGAGGUAGCAGUGGUGAGUAAGUGUAUGAGUUAACAGAGAUAAGUUCCGAUUGUGAGUUCUGCGGGACUCGCACAUCCCUAUUGUAUGAUCUUUCUUCAUUCUAUGAGAUGCAGCGCACACAAAAUGGCAGUGGGACACAGCACAUGAUUACCACUCUGGAAGGAUGCUCCAAAUAAAACUCAUUUUCUCUGGACUAUCAAUUAUUCACCAAAAGGCUCAGAAAAUUGGAUCAAUAUCAAUAUUUUAUCAUCCCUUUUAACCUCAUCUCUGCCUUCAGGAGGCAUUGUGAGAGAACGGUACUGAGGUAAGGAUUUAAAGUGCAAGCAAUCCUUCAACCCAAGGUGAUGAGAAAGAUGCAAGGAAUGAUUUGAACAAUUUUAAUUUUCUAAAAGAUAUUUCAUUCAGCUUCUGGUUAUUUUAUUGUGUUUUAUAUAAAGAGAUUUUUCAUGCACAAGAUGUACAGUACUUCUAUGUCCACUACCCAGUUGGCCUCAUUGACUGUGCUUAUGAGAGGCUGCCACCUGCUGGUUAAGCAGUUAAAAAAAAAAAAGAAGAUGGCGGGAGGACAUGCUUUUCAA